GCACUUGUACUAAACGGGUUAUCCCUGUCAUUUUUAUUUAUCCCGUCUUGAGAUCUCAGCUAGUGGGAUUUCGGCUUUGAGAGCACAUUUUAGGCUGAAUGAUUUCAGCAGGAGGGCAAUAAACAGUCAUGCCCCGUUCUUUCCUGAUCAAGAAGCACUGCAGCACCAAGAAACCCAACUACAGUAAACUGGAGGUCCAGAAUGCCACAGUUAUUUCACCAUAUUUAUAUGAGGGUUUGACAUUUCCCCUGAUGCCACAACCUGAAGUGCUCACUCCCAUCAUUUGUGACUCGCCAAGGCUGUGGGACAGGGCUCCUAUCAGUCUCCGAAUGUGUCUGCCCCCACCCCUGGAUGCUGAGAUUGGAACAGAAACGCCCUUCAGUAGCCAACCAAGCCUGGAGAUCAGUGUUAAGGAAUGUGUGGCUGUCAGAGGCAGCAACACCCCACUAAGGAAUACAGUGAAUGACCUCAGCCUGUCCCUUUCCAAAAGAACCAAGAGAAGAGAGACAAACAAUGGCACAUUUAAAGGAGAUGAUGAAAUGGAGGAAAAAAUCCUUGAGGUUGAAAGUGCUGCUGAAGCAGUCGUGGAGAAGUUUGAGUGUUUUCAUUGUCACAAGGCUUACAAUACUUUAUCUGGUCUCUCUAAACACAGACAGCUUCAUUGUGAAUCACAGACUACAAAAUACUUUAAUUGCAAGUAUUGUGAUAAGGAAUAUGUCAGUUUGGGUGCAUUGAAGAUGCACAUAAGGACUCACACUCUGCCCUGUGUCUGCAAAAUUUGUGGCAAAGCAUUCUCUAGACCGUGGCUCUUACAGGGGCACAUCAGAACACAUACUGGAGAGAAACCUUUUGCCUGUCCUCACUGCAGCAGGGCUUUUGCAGACCGCUCAAACCUCCGAGCACAUCUACAGACACACUCAGAUGUGAAGAGAUAUCACUGCAAGAGCUGCUCAAAGACCUUCUCCAGAAUGUCUCUUCUUUCCAAACAUGAGGAAGCCGGCUGCUGCCCCUUAUCUUGAUGCAGAUUUUGUAAUAUUUGAUCCUGAUGUUGUAAUAAGCUGGAGUUGUGCAAACUAUUGAGGACCUUUAUUUUAGUAUUAUGAGUUGAAAAUGGGUAAUAACUGCUGUACUUGGCUCAUUAAUUCUCAAAAUAAUUUCACCCAAAUGGAGAUUUGCAGAUGAUAUUGGCUGAAGCUGUAUCAAUGUUGACUCCGUUUGUUAAGACAGAACAACUUUGUUAAACCCUAAAACAUUCAAUGAAAUCAGUAAUGGCAAAUAAGUGCACUGAUUUGUAUGAGAAUGGUAAGGUUAGUAUCCCAGCCCUUGACCGGGAUUUGCAGAGUUUUGAAAAACUGAGAAGGCUGGUCAGAUCUUUGCUUGUACCUCAAAAUCCUGUAGAAUUUGAAUCUUACUUAAAGGAAAUGUAUGGUGCUGACAGGGAAAUGGGAAAUAUUGCUGUUGGGGUCAUAGAGGCUUGUUUUUUAUGAUAGUCCCAAAGAAGUUAAAAUCUAUUUACAAGUUAUAAGAGUGAGUUUUGGCAUAAAUUGUGCCACUGAAAAAACACUUUGUAUUAAAAAUAAAUAGGAACUGUCUACUCAGGAUGCAGUUCUGGUGAAACCUUGCAGUCAAGUUUAUGCUUAGUUAAUAGAAUUGCUUUUUAACUUGCAUGAGCUUACAAAACUUUUGAUAUGCUGACAGUAACUGCUAUUUUGCCUGUUUGCACCUAGAUUUCCUAUGGAUUGUAAUUACAUAUAUAGCACACUUUAUGCCAACUGCUGCACCAUACAUGAGGUUAUCGAUGGCUUGUUACACCCCUUAGUCUUUAGAUCUACAUACAAGGAUUUGGUUGGAACAUUAUUUUUUUUAAAUGAAUACUCAAAGAGGGUUCUGUUAUGUGGAUAAACUGCCAUAAGUCUUGUAUCUAUAUUAUUUGAAAGAAAAGUAACUUCUGGAGAGCGAGGAAGCCAAAGCUUAACUUCGCAGUAAGAAUUAAAAGGCCGUAACACACAAUCUACUGGAGGUACUCAGCAGGUCCAGCAGCAUGUGUGGGAGGAAAGGAAUUGCCAAUGUUUCAGGUUGAAACCCUGUACCAAGGUGGUCGACAAUUCCUUUGCUCCCACAGAUGCUGUUCAACCUGUUGAGAUCCUCCAGCAGACUGUGUGUUACUCCAGAUUCCAGCAUUAGCAGUCUCUUGUAUCUUCAGAAUUAAAAGGCUGCCUUUGUUCUUGCUACAGUUAGUUCAUGCUGGAAGUCUAAAAUCCUAAUUGUUAUACCUCAGCAAAUCUAAGUUAAUUCAACAACGACCACAAUUUCUAAGGCAGCAAAUUGGGAAGCCUUCGGUGCUUUAAAAGUUCUGACUGUAUAUUUAUGAAAAAAAUCUGUUGGAGCUUAAAGGGGAAUGGAAAUGUGCAAAUACUGUCCAGAAUGUAAAUAUAAUUGGUGCUGUGAUUUGUCUUGCAUAUUUUGAAGUGAAAACAUCAUUUAACUUGUCAUGUAUUUUUACUAUGUGAUAACACCCUGGAAAUAUGAACAUAAUAGCGAUUGAAUAAAAUGUCUGGUU